AGGAGAUGGAGUCGCUGUCGUCGUCGACACUAACCUCUGGGACGUCCUUGGCGGCGUCGGCAUGGGACGGGGGGAGGCUGUUUGUCGGUGGCAUCUCGUCGGACACGAGGGAGGAGACGCUGGCGGAGCACUUCGAGAGGUACGGCGAGGUGAAGGAGGUGGUGGUGUUGAGGAACCGGGUCACCGGGAGCGGGAGAGGCUUCGGCUUCGUGCAGUUCGCGAAUUUGGAGGGCCCCGAGCGCGCGCUCAAGGAAGCGAAGCAUGUCAUUCAUGGAAGAACAGUUGAAGUGAAAAGAGCCAUACCGAGAGGUGAGCAACGCCAAAACCAACAAUCCCGGAAUGCACAUCAGGAUGGAGGAUCCAGUGGUUCAAGUAGGAUCACUGGUAAUAGUGGCAAGCAAAAUGGCAGCCACAUAAAUUCGAAAAAGAUUUUCAUAGGAGGUUUAGCAGGCGAUGUCACACACCAGGAGCUUAAGAGUUAUUUUGAGAAGUUUGGUUCUGUCGUUGAUACAGUUGUCAUGUAUGACAGUGCCACUCAACGUCCAAGAGGUUUUGGCUUCAUCACAUUUUCUUCAGAGGAGCCUGUGGCGGCAGUACUAAAGAAUAGACACCAUAAGUUGAAUGGGAAACUUGUAGAGGUUAAGAUUGCAGUCCCCAAGGAUUACAGUGAUUGUACAAAUAAUAGAAAUAGUGAGAAUUAUUACAAUGUAAGUGCUUUUGGUGGACAAUGUGAAAGAUGGCCUGUUUAUGGCACCUAUCAAGGUUAUAUGCAUCCAUAUUAUGGAUAUCCUAAUUAUGUAACAACACCUUUUUCUCCUUAUCUUUAUGGUGGACUAUAUGGAGGAGGAUAUAAUAACGGUGGUUUGUAUGGGAUUGGACAUGGGUGCCUUCUUCAUAGUCCUAGGAACACAUGGAAUAUUUCAAAAAGAAUGGUAGAUUUCCAUACAUAUCCUCCCUAUUUCAGUAGAGACUACAGAAGUUAUGAUCGAGGUCAUGGAUUUGAUGAUGGUAAUGAGAACAAAGACGGUCUUGGUGUGCAAACGACAGUUAAGAGUGUGACAGAUUCACAGGUAGAAGCGGAAGAUGUGAAUUGUGAUGCACAAUGAAUUUUGAUUGAUAUACAUCAAGUCUGAAUUUGUAGACUCCAUGCUGGUAAGGAUUCUCUUUGCUCCCAUUUAAUUCUGUCUAUAGCCAUCAUUUUCAUUUCAUUUUUGUAUUAAUCAAUUAUGUCGGUCAUUAUUGGUCAGGUGACUUUGGGUCAACACUGGAUUCCCGGCAGCAGCUUCAUGCCGACAAUCGGAACUUGGAUAGGAUGCUACCGUAUUGCUGGACAUUGGAUUCACAAGACUCCUCACCUGCAGCUGCGAAUCAUCUUGAAGCCUUGGCGCUGGACAUCUGAUGCAGCAAGUCUUCUCACCUGCAGCUGCCAAUCGUCUUGGAGCCUGUUCUCAAUUGUAAGCAUAGCCAUUGAAAUGAACAAAAUCUCUACAGAUUUUUUUUGCUAUACCUGAUGUCGCUGAAAAAAAUUGCUCAGACAUUGGACAUGUACAAUCACAUAUUUGAUCUUUUUAAUUCUUAAAUUGCUGUCUCAAUUAUUA